AUGGCUACCCCUGGUGAGAGAGUGGUCCGCAGACCCCAGGGACUUGGCGGGGAGCCGGAUGGGAGCGGCGCCUGCUUGAGUCCACAGGACCACCUGGAGCGCAGGGAGACCCAGAAGCAGGCGCCAGGCCAGCUGGCCAUGCUGAGGAAGUCGCAGGAAUUUUUCCAGACCUGUGAUGCCGAAGGCAAGGGCUUCAUCGCCAGAAGGGACUUGCAGAGGCUCCACAAGGAGCUGCCCCUCAGCCUGGAGGAACUGGAAGAUGUGUUCGAUGCCCUGGAUGCUGAUGGAAAUGGCUUUCUGACCCCGGAGGAGUUCACCACUGGAUUUAGUCACUUCUUCUUCAGCCAGAAUAAUCCAGGUCAGGAGGAUGCAGGUGAACAGGUGGCCCAGCUCCAAGAGGAGAAGGUGUACCAGUUCCGAGGGGAUGAAGAUUUGGGCAACAUGGACCAAGAUGAAGAAGCUGAUCAGUUCCAGAGGUUGAUGGACAAACUAGGAGCCCAAAAAGUUUUGGAAGACGAAGACGACGUGAAGCAACUCUGGCUGCAUCUGAAGAAGGACGAACCUCACUUGCUGUCCAACUUUGAAGAUUUUCUAACCAGAAUCAUCUCCCAACUCCAAGAAGCCCAUGAGGAGAAGAUUGAACUGGAAUACGCCCUUAGAAGGAAAAUCGCUGCUUAUGAUGAAGAGAUCCAGCAUCUCUAUGAGGAGAUGGAACAACAAAUCAAAAGCGAGAGGGAGCAGUUUCUCCUGAAAGACACGGAGAGGUUCCAGGCCCGCAGUCAGGAGCUGGAAAAGAAGCUAAUUGCUAAGGAGCAGGAGCUGGAGAGACUCAACCAGAAGCAGAAAAGGCUGGAAGGCCAGUGCACAGCCCUGCAUAACGACAAGCACGAGACCACRGCUGAGAAUACCAAGCUAAAGCUUACUAACCAGGAGCUGGCGCGGGAGCUGGAGCGGACCUCCCGGGAGCUCCAGGAUGCUCAGCAGCAGCUGGAAAUCCUCCAGCAAGAGGCCUGUAAACUGCAGCAGGAGAAGGAGCUGGAAGUGUACCGGGUGACAGAGAGUCUACAGCGGGAGAAGUCUGGACUUCUGAAGCAGCUGGAUUUCCUCAGGGAAAGGAACAAACACCUUCGGGAUGAACAGGAUAUAAGUUUUCAGAAAGAAAAGGCAGCCAAGGCUGACAAGGCUGCGCUCAAGGCAAGCAGGAAGCAGAGAUCUGGCUCUGUGAUCGGCAAAUAUAUGGACAGCAGAGGGAUUCUCAGAAGCCAGUCAGAGGAGGAGGAAGAUGUAUUCAGCCUGCAGAGAAGGAAGAGCUCCCUGGGCCUGAGUGGAUAUCCUCUUAUAGGAGAAGACUCAGGGGCCGGGGAGACAGGGGCUGGGGGUCCACCCCGCAGGGCCCUCCGCAGAAUCAUCUCCAUUGAGGAGGACCCCCUGCCCCAGCUCCUGGGUGGUGGCUUUGAGCAGCCACUGAGCAAAUGUCCAGAGGAGGAGGAAGCCUCUGAACAGGCAGGAGGAAGACAAAUCCGGCAGGCCACGCCUUUGGAACUCACCCCCACAUCUCCCAGAGGACAACCUGUUGGCAAAGAAGCCCUCUAUAAGGAGGAAAGCUCUCCCUCGACCCCAGACCGGCUCUUCAAGAUUGUGUUUGUGGGCAACUCAGCGGUGGGGAAGACAUCCUUCCUCAGGAGGUUCUGUGAAGAACGCUUCUCCCCAGGCAUGGCGGCCACCGUCGGCAUUGAUUAUCGCGUGAAGACAGUGAAUGUGGACGACUCCCAGGUGGCCCUGCAGCUGUGGGACACAGCAGGGCAAGAGAGGUAUCGCUGCAUCACCCAGCAGUUCUUCCGGAAGGUGGACGGCGUCAUCAUCAUGUACGAUCUCACGGUCAAGCAGUCAUUCCUGUCCGUCCGGCAGUGGCUGAGCAGCGUGGAGGAAGCCGUGGGAGACCAUGUUCCCAUUCUUCUGCUGGGCAAUAAACUUGACAACGAGAAGGAGCGAGAAGUCCCCCGAGGCCUCGGAGAGCAGCUUGCCAAGGAAAAUAAUCUGAUCUUCUAUGAAUGCAGCGCCCAUUCUGGUCACAAUACCAAGGAGUCCCUGCUCCAUCUAGCCAGGUUCCUCAAGGAACAUGAAGACACAGUAAGGAUGGACACCAUUCAGGUUGGUCGCCCUGCCAAGAAGAAAUCCUGCUGUGGCGGAUAGCAGGGACUAUUUUCAAGGACCAGUCCCACAGAGCCUAAGAUUUCAGGGCUACCCCAAUCCUGCAAAUGGGCUGCUGUGUGGCACCACCUGGCCAGGCCCGUGCAGAGCUAUGUCUUUGUCCUAACUUGCCUCCCCCAAAGGAAGGAGGCACAUGUGGUCAGGAAUGACAUUCUUAGAG